ACGACAGCACCACUGAGAGAUGGCUCCGCCUCCAUGGACAGGAAACCUGUAGCAUAAAAAGGUGGAGCCGCUCUCCCACCUCAGUGAGGUUUCCUGUCCCUGGAGCAGGAGACUUGUAGUAUUUUCUUGCAGGGACCCAUGGCUUGGAAAUCCUAGGAAAGCCUAGAGAGCCAUGGGUCACGCCAGCCCUUACCAGUUCGUUGCUGAGGGACGGGAGUUGGUCCGGGCCAGCUGCUGCUCCUAGGGGCUGAAGACACCGGUCCCUCAAAGGAGAGGCCCGAGUGUGGCCGCGAGGCAGGCGGCGAGGGGGAACAUGCCAGAGGGCAGACAUCCCUGGCGCGCACCCAGCGGGGACUGCGGGCAGACGCCGGGCAGUGGAGCGUGUCGGAGCGCCAAACCGGAAGUCGCAGGAAUGACGUCGAUUAUGACGUGCGUUCCACUGACGCGACUUCCGGUUCCGGGCCGGAUAUAGGAAGCGUUUUGCGUUCCAACAGAUCGGAACACAGCGGCGAUCAGUUGGAGGAUAGCUGUGCUCUCGGCUGGACAGAGGAGGACCAGAAUUCGGCCAGACUCCCCUUUUUCCUUGCAGUGAGAGGUUGGCAGCAUCUUGGAGGCGCUCCCAGGGAACAUGCGGAACUCUCAGAAGAGAGGUGCUGUUCCCUGUGCUGUAUUGACUCUUCUAUUCCCUAUACCUCCAGGGUUAUCAUGGAGGAAGAGAAGAGACCAGAGGAGACGGAACCAGAAAAGCAGCCGAUGGCAGCUAAGAAAGCCGCAUCUAAGAAAAAGAACAAAGAGUGUGCUUUAUGUAGAUGUCCCCUGGCCUCGUCAUAUAGUAAAAGGUUAUGCCAGGACUGUAUUGAAAAGACCCUGGCGGAGGAAUCCCCCAACCUUAUGCGAGACAUUAGGAGUCUCAUUAAAACAGAAGUUAAGGAAUCCCUUAAGACGUCAAAGAAAUCUAAGAAGGUGGUAGAUAAAACAGAUUCAGAACCGGAUUCGGUUAGCGAAGAAGAUAGAGAUGACCGGUCCGAGGAUUCAUCAUUUGCGGAGGAAGAACAGGAGAAAAGAUUCAUGUUCCCAGUGUCGGAUACAGAGAAAUUAUUAAAAACGAUUAGGGCCACUUUAGAGCUGGAGGAUAUCAGGGAAGAUAGGUCCGUUGCAGAUGCAGUCUUUGAGGGAUUGCGAGAAAAGAAGAGGAGAUGUUUUCCAUUGCAUAAAAGCAUAUCGGCCCUAAUAGAAAGGGAGUGGAAAAAGCCGGAUAAGAAGGCCUUUGUUAGUAAAAAUUUUAAAAGGAAAUACCCAUUCGAGGAAGAGGCUUCCACUUCAUGGGAUAAAGCGCCAAAGCUGGACGUGGCCAUUUCCAAGGUGUCCAGGAAAUCUUCAUUGCCGUUUGAUGACAUGGGUUUUUUGAAGGAUCCGUUAGACAAAAAAAUCGACUCUUGCCUAAGGAAUACUUGGGGAGCAUCCACUGCCUCCUUUAGGCCCAACAUUGCAGCAACAGUUACUGCCAGAUCCCUAGCUUUAUGGUUAGAGAGGUUAGAAGGUCAGUUGAGGGAUAAAUGCCCCAGAGACCAGAUUUUAAACUCUCUACCGACCCUUCAGAAGGCUGUAGAUUUCCUAUCAGACGCCUCGGUGGAGGCAGUUCGUUUAGCAGCCAGGUCUGCGUCCACCUCUAAUUCCGCCCGUAGGGCCCUUUGGCUAAAAAACUGGAGGGGGGGCGACAUGGCCUCAAAGCAGCGCUUAUGUGGCAUCCCCUGUCAGGGACAGUUUUUAUUCGGGCCUGAAUUAGAUGCCCUUCUGGAGAAGGCGGCUGAUAGGAAAAAGAGAAUGCCUCAGGAGUCCUCUUUUUCCCAGUUUCGGCCCUAUAGACGUCCCUUUCAGUACGGCCCCAGAUCUCAGGGGAGAAGACAGCUGGGAGAUAGAGAUCAGUUUCCCAGGCCCAGGGGUUCAGGGAACAGAGGUUUCAUGUUUGGAGGUUCCUCUUCUUCCCAGAAGGAUAAACCUUCAAAGAAAUGACGCCAGAUUGCAGGUAGGGGGAAGACUAAAGUUCUUUCCCUCCGCCUGGAGAGAGGUAGCAGGGGCAUGGGUGAGCAACAUCAUAACAGAGGGCUUAAGGUUGCAGUUUCUAGGUCAUCGUCCUCAAAAAUUUAUAGUGACAAAGGAAUCCAGGAGAUUAUCAGAAGAGGUAGAUCUGCUAAUAGGGAAAAAGGUGUUAGUCCCAGUGCCAAAAACAGAACAGGGAAAAGGCUUCUAUUCCACACUGUUCUUAGUCAAAAAACCGGAUGGAUCUUACCGUACAAUUAUAAAUUUGAAGCAUUUGAACAAACAUCUAAUAAUAAAAAAGUUCAAGAUGGAGACCAUAAAAUCUGCGAUUCAUUUGGUGUUCCAGGGCUGCUUUAUGGCAGUGGUGGAUCUAAAGGAUGCAUACUUACAUAUCCCGAUGCAUCCCCUUUUUCAAAAAUUCCUAAGGGUAGCAGUGACAGAGGGUACCAAUAUCAGACACCUUCAGUUCCAGGCUAUGCCUUUCGGCCUAGCAACUGCCCCGAGAACCUUUACCAAGGUAAUGGCGGAGGUAGCGUCCUUCAUUCGGAAAGAAAACAUCUUAUUCCUUCCUUAUUUGGACGAUCUCUUGAUUAUUGCGGGAUCACGGGAAAUAUGUCAGAGAUCAGUCCAGACAGUAAUUCAGAUCCUGGGAAGGCUGGGGUGGAUGAUCAACUCCAAAAAAUCAAGGUUGGAACCCAGCACAAAUCAAAUAUUUCUGGGUCUUCGGUUAGAUUCUCUACAACAAAGGACUUUCCUACCAGCAGAAAAGAUAGGGAAGAUCCAGAACGAAGCCCGCAAGGCUCAGCAGAACCCAGAGAUGUCGGUCAGGAAAGCAAUGUCUCUAUUAGGAUUAAUGACGGCCUGUAUCCCAGCAGUCCGUUGGGCUCAGUUCCAUUCAAGGACGUUACAAUGGGAGAUUUUAAAUUGGACAAAACGAAAAGAGAUAAUGUUAGACUCUCAGAUAUGUCUCAGCCAGAGGACACUGAGCUCCCUCAAUUGGUGGCUAAAGGUGAAAAACUUAGACCAGGGCACUCCAUGGAGUUACCCCAAUCCAGUAGUAAUCACUACGGACGCCAGUCCUUGGGGGUGGGGUGCACAUUUUCAGGGUCGGUUGGAGCAGGGAAUAUGGUCCCCGGUACAGAGACAGUUUUCAUCCAACAGGAAGGAAUUAAGGGCAGUGUUACUGGCUUUACGAACAGCCCUGCCAGAACUCCAGCACCAACAUGUCAGAGUGAUGUCGGACAACAGUACAGUGGUUUCGUAUCUGAACCGCCAAGGGGGUACCAGAUCCCUAUCUUUGAUGAGGGAGGCAGAGAUAAUAUUCUCAGAGUUCGAGGAAGAGCUAAUCCACAUAUCCGCCCUACAUAUAAGGGGGAAAGAAAAUGUCCAGGCCGACUUCCUGAGCCGUCAUCGUCUAAGACAGGGGGAGUUGUCUCUGAAUCCAGCCAUAUUCACAAAGAUUGUGGAUCGGUGGGAAGUGCCAGAAAUAGAUCUAUUUGCCACCAGGGAGAACAGACAGGUAGAGAGGUUUUGCUCCCUCAAUCCCUGCGAAUCCCCUUAUGGGGUAGACGCCUUCCUCCUGGAUUGGACAUUCCGCCUAGGUUAUGCCUUUCCCCCCCUACAGCUCCUACCCAGAGUUCUCAGGAAGAUAAGGGAAGAGAGGUCGGACAUGAUAGUCAUCGCCCCCUUUUGGCCAAAAAGAGCCUGGUUCUCCCUACUCAGAUCCAUGUCGAUAGCGGAACCAUGGGUCCUUCCCGACUUUCCGGAUCUCCUGAGGCAGGGCCCAGUAAUGCAUCCAGAGAUAGGAUCUUUACAUCUAACGGCGUGGAGAUUGAGAGGGUGUACCUGAUUAGGAAAGGCUUCUCAGAAGCCUUGACUUCCACCAUGCUUAGUAGUAGGAAGAGGGUAACUAAUACCAUUUAUGCGAGAAUAUGGAAGAGAUUCCUUUCCUUUUCAGGUAUAGACACAGAGGUCUGGCCUGAGAAAAUCUCCACCAGGCAGGUCCUAGAAUUCUUACAGAGGGGUCUGUCGUUAGGUUUGGCCAAGAGCACUUUGAAGGUGCAGGUUUCGGCCCUCUCAGCAUUAAGUGGUAGGAGUCUGGCUAUGGAUCCCUGGGUAGUCAGGUUCUUUAGGGCAGUAGAUAGGGUUGCACCUGUCAGGGGCCCCAGGUUCCCCCCCUGGGAUUUAAACUUAGUUUUAAAGGCUUUGACCAGCCCCCCCUUUGAGCCUAUGGUGGAAAGUUCUAUUAGGAAUCUUACACUAAAAUUAGUCAUGCUAAUAGCAUUAACUUCGGCUCGUAGGGUUAGCGAGCUUCAGGCAGUGUCCAUCAACCCCCCGUUUAUGUCCAUACGGGAAGAUAGAGUGAUUCUUAGGCCAGAUCCAAAGUUUAUCCCCAAAGUACCUUCUAGAACUAAUAGGGUACAGGAAAUUGUCUUGCCAGUCUUUUUUCCAGACCCAAAAACUGAGGAGGAAGAUAGAUGGCACUUAUUGGACGUAAGACGAUGCCUGAUCCAUUAUCUGGAAAGAUCAAAAGACUGGAGAAAAACCUCUUCCUUGUUUGUAUUAUUUGCGGGGGCUCGGAAAGGUAAUACGGCCUCUAAGAGUACUAUUGCUAGAUGGAUACGAGAACUUAUUUCUCUAGCCUAUUCGUGUUCUGGUCUUUCUCCUCCACUGUCCCUGAAGGCUCACUCUACCAGGGCAAUGUCUACCUCCUGGGCAGAAAGGUCCAAUGUUUCUAUUGUCCAGAUCUGCAGGGCGGCCACAUGGGCUUCUCCUUCUACCUUUUAUAAGCACUAUAGGCUUCAACUCGACUCUGUGUCUGACCUCCUUUUUGGUACUAAGGUGUUAGAAGUGGUCACCCUCCCUUGAAGUUCUAUGUAAUCUCUCUCAGUGGUGCUGUCGUGGGGGAGGGGAAAAAUGAUGAUUACACUUACCGGUAAUCGGAUUUUCCUGACCCCACGACAGCACCCGUCUAAUUCCCUCCCUAAGGUGGUGGUUGGUGAAGAAGUUCACGUGGUGUGAUGCAAAAAAAAAAAAAAAAAAAUGUGUGUGUAUAUGUCGAAUUAACCAAAAGGGGA